GUGGCUGAGAGCGGACCGUGAAGGCACCGUUAAUGUGAGUCACAUGACAGGCCAGCCUCUCCGACUGAUCUGAUACACAUCUAAUAAUCAUGCCGACCACACAGCAGUCUCCCCAGGAUGAACAGGAGAAGCUUCUCGAUGAAGCUGUACAGGCUGUCAAGGUCCAGUCUUUCCAGAUGAAGAGAUGUCUGGACAAGAACAAGCUGAUGGAUGCCCUGAAGCAUGCCUCUAACAUGCUGGGUGAGCUGAGGACCUCCAUGCUCUCUCCAAAGAGCUACUAUGAGCUCUACAUGGCCAUCUCUGACGAACUCCACUACCUGGAGGUCUAUCUGACUGAUGAGUUUGCUAAGGGACGCAAGGUGGCAGAUCUCUAUGAGCUGGUCCAGUAUGCAGGGAACAUCAUCCCCAGACUCUAUCUGUUAAUCACAGUGGGUGUGGUGUACGUUCGCUCCUUCCCCCAGUCUCGUAAGGACAUUCUCAAGGACCUGGUGGAGAUGUGUCGUGGUGUCCAGCACCCACUCAGAGGCCUCUUCCUCAGAAACUACCUGUUGCAGUGCACCCGCAACAUCCUGCCCGAUGAUGGAGAGCAGUCAGAGGGAUCAGAGGAGAUGACCGGUGAUAUCAAUGACUCCAUCGACUUUGUCCUGCUGAACUUUGCGGAAAUGAACAAGUUAUGGGUUCGAAUGCAGCAUCAGGGUCACAGCCGAGACAGAGAGAAGAGAGAGAAGGAACGACAAGAACUCAGGAUUUUGGUCGGCACCAACCUUGUUCGCCUCAGCCAACUGGAGGGUGUCAAUGUGGACAAGUACAAACAGAUUGUUCUUGCUGGAGUGCUGGAGCAGGUUGUGAACUGCAGAGACUCGUUGGCUCAAGAGUAUCUCAUGGAGUGCAUAAUUCAGGUUUUUCCAGAUGAGUUCCACCUUCAGACGCUGAACCCUUUCCUGCGUUCCUGUGCUGAGCUCCAUCAACACGUCAACGUCAAGAACAUCAUCAUUGCCCUCAUUGACAGACUUGCUCUGUUUGCUCAUCGAGAAGAUGGCCCUGGCAUUCCAGCUGAGAUCAAACUGUUCGACAUUUUCUCUCAACAAGUGGCCACUGUCAUUCAGUCUCGCCAGGACAUGCCAUCAGAGGACGUGGUCUCUCUCCAGGUGUCCCUCAUCAAUUUGGCCAUGAAAUGCUACCCUGACCGUGUUGACUAUGUAGAUAAGGUCCUGGAGAGCACUGUGGAGAUUUUCAACAAGCUCAACUUGGAACACAUAGCGACCAGCAGCGCGGUGUCAAAGGAACUCACCCGACUGUUGAAGAUCCCUGUGGAUACCUACAACAACAUCCUGACAGUCCUGCAGCUCAAGCACUUCCCUCCACUCUUCGAGUACUUUGACUAUGAGUCGCGCAAGAGCAUGAGCUGCUACGUGCUGAGCAACACGCUGGACUACAACACCACCAUUGUGGCACAGGAACAGGUGGACGCCAUCUUGAAUUUGGUAGCCACGCUGAUCCAGGACCAGCCAGACCAGCCAGUUGAUGAUCCUGACCCUGAGGACUUUGCUGAGGAGCAGAGCCUUGUGGGUCGUUUCAUCCAUCUCCUCCACUCUGAAGAUCCUGAUCAACAGUACCUUAUCCUGAACACAGCUCGAAAACACUUUGGUGCCGGUGGAAACCAAAGGAUUCGCUACACACUUCCUCCUCUGGUGUUCGCUGCCUACCAGCUGGCCUUCAGAUACAAGGAGAACUCCUCAUUGGAUGACAAGUGGGAAAAGAAGUGUCAGAAGAUCUUUUCCUUCGCCCACCAGACCAUCAGUGCACUUAUCAAGGCCGAGCUUGCUGAGCUGCCUCUUCGACUCUUCCUGCAGGGGGCACUGGCUGCAGGCGAGAUUGGCUUUGAGAACCACGAGACUGUAGCAUACGAGUUCAUGUCACAGGCCUUUUCUCUGUAUGAGGACGAGAUAAGUGAUUCCAAAGCCCAGCUGGCAGCCAUCACGCUGAUCAUUGGAACCUUUGAGCGAAUGCGUUGUUUCAGUGAAGAAAACCAUGAGCCGCUGAGGACCCAGUGUGCGCUGGCUGCCUCCAAGCUGCUGAAGAAGCCCGACCAGUGCCGAGCCGUCAGUAUCUGUGCCCACCUCUUUUGGUCCGGUCGCAGCACUGACAAGAAUGGUGAAGAGAUCCGCGAUGGUAAGCGGGUGAUGGAGUGUCUAAAGAAAGCCUUGAAGAUUGCCAACCAGUGCAUGGACCCAUCACUGCAAGUCCAGCUUUUCAUUGAAAUCCUCAACAGAUACGUCUGCUUCUAUGAGAGGGAAAACGAUGCGGUGACUGUCCAGGUAUUAAACCAGCUGAUCCAAAAGAUCAGGGAAGACCUUCCCAACCUGGAGGCGAGUGAGGAGACGGAGCAGAUCAACAAACACUUCCACAAUACACUGGAGCAUCUCCGCCUGCAGAGAGAAUCCCCUGAGUCUGAGGGCCCCGCCUAUGAGGGCCUGGUACUUUAAAACUAUUGCAGGUUGGAAGGAUGUGAAGUCCAUCCAUAGAUGUCUCACUAUGUUAUGAAUAUAAAACUACACACACUCACAAGGACACACAGAGGCGAGGAAUAAAAAUAAACAUCAAGAAAUGCUAAAAGAACUCAGUCCUUCAUUUUUUUAAUCAUUAUUAUUAAUUUGUUUGCAUCAUUUCCUCCUCACUGUCCCUCUAUAGCAGAAGUAUUUUCUGCAACAGGUUGGAGAUGUUACAUUUUAAGAAAUGUGUGUCAGCAACAGUGUACUUAGCUUCAAUUUGCACUUGUGGCAAGUCUUAGGAAUCAUUCCUUUAUGAAUUCAUACUUGACCAAUUUACCUUUAACCUGCAUCACUUUAUUGUCAAUAGUAGACUUACUAGCUGUGAUAGGUGUAUACACUGAGUCAUCAACCCCUCACUCGUUCACAUCUUUCCAUACUGAGAAGUGGAUAUAUUAGCUGAGUGUAUAAAGGCUACAGAAUAACGUAGUGGCGUCACAGCUGUGAAACAUAUGAGCUAGUUUCCAAACCUGAAUAAUCAAUAACUCUGCUGUUCUCUAGGACGGCUUCGUGGCACGUUUUAAACAGGUUGGGACCAACCACACUGAAGACCACACACAUGCAAACUUUGGCCCCACAGGAAAAACUGUGUAACUUGAGUCGAUUCAUUAAAUGAUUGUGCGAGUAUUGCAUGACCCUCAGUUCUUACGCCAUCCCAGCUGGGCUGCAAAGAAAAUUACAGAUAACCCCACAAAUCUAUGUGGGAAAAUUUUCAUAUUUUUCAAAAGAUCCUGUCCUGUCACACCUCAGUAGCUCUUCGUUUUUAAUAACAUCAGGUUUGUCUUUCCAUCUCUGUAGACUCCAUGUUGUAUGUAUUAGUUUAUUUCUGGACUUCUCGCACAUGGAUUGACAUGUUCAGAACUGCAGCAGCAUGUGUUUGCAUGCUUUAGUAUUCUUGUACCAUACGGCCUGGCUUCAAUGUCAAUUUACUCUAUAUAGAUCCCACCAACUACAGUGUCUGACUUUUGUUGAUCAAUGAAAUCCUGUUGCUUGGUGACGCUGCCCUUUCAGAUGGAUCUGUUGUGGAGGGGGGGAGGGGGGGUGCAGCAACUCCUCAGGAUUGUAACCUUGACAAGUUGCCAUACUGAGUAAUGAUGUACAAGUUUGUCUGUUAGAUUUUGGGAUAAUUUGCUGCAGCAUCUGACUGUCUGCUGAUUUCUCUCUUUUUUUAGCUAAUGUUGAUUUGUUGGAGGCGGUAUUCACCACUUCUCUCCCCUUUUGAAUCUGUGUGUAAACCCACUUGUAAAUCAGAUAAAGAAAAAAGCAGAUUAAAUAGCAAUUAUCAUUGUCAUUUACUGAAAUAAAAUUGAAAUUAACAAUGAAUAUUUGCAUUUUGUUAAUUUUACACACAGCAU